AUGUGUAUACUUUUUGUCGCUAUUAGUGACAACCCUAAAGAUGAUGGCUACCAGGUGAUUAUUGCAAACAAUCGGGAUGAAUACUUUGAGCGACCGACAAAGCCUGCUGGAUUUUGGAAUGAUGAUCCUCAUUGUAUAAGCGGUCUAGACCAAAAGGCAGGCAAAGAGGGUGGAACUUGGUUGUCCCUUUCUACACAGAACAAAAUAGGCGUUCUGCUCAACAUACAGGUUCUUUCAAAGGAUGGAGGAACUGAUACCGUUGGUACAAAGAAGGGAAGAGGCUUUCUAGUAACCGAUUUCAUGUCUACUCCUAAAACUGCUAGAGACUACAUUACUUCGGUCGAAAGAGAUGGCGAUACAUUCUAUCCAUUUAAUCUAGCGUUGCUAGAAAAAUCUGCGAAUUCCGAUAGAUGGCGACUGCAUUACUGCAAUAAUGAGGACCAGCAUAGUCACGAGGUGUGGUCAAAUGGAAUACAUGGUAUUGGCAAUAGUACCAUACAUAAGCCUUGGAACAAAGUCAAACAUGGUAUAAAUCGCAUGGAAACCAUCAUAUCGCAAUUCAAAGCUGCCAAGAAUAAAACUAAUCGUAAAGAGGAACUGAAAAUUGCUUUGUUGGACCUCCUAAAUGAUGACAAAAGUCAUCUUCCAGAUCCUCAAUUGGAAAGUCAACUUCCUCAGGCAUGGCAGAAAUCUCAUAGUGCAAUAUUUGUCAAACCAACGGAAGGUAUCCGAUGCGGAACCAGAACUAAUACCGUGGUCAUUAUAGAUAGUGAGGGACUCUGUGAGUAUGUAGAUAGAACAAUGGAAGACUCCAUCAAUGCAGACUCUGUAAAAUGGACCACCAGUAAUUACAUAUUCCAAAUGGACUAUAAGAACAGUCAUCCUAAACUUGACCGUAUGAAAUUACGAAGGAGAAGUUCUCUAUUACUUAUUUAGAAAUGUGAGCAUAACGAUUACUUCGUAUCAAGACUUAGUCUUGUAUCGACCCUAUCAAUCUCCGAAAUAUUUGUGAUGCCUAAACUUAAACACCGAAAUCACCCAUGUAUUUUAUAUCCCCAAGUUUUGCCUACACCAACGUCAUUAUGGAAAGUAUCACUAUAUGUCUUUGUGUCUAUCAAAAGUUUAUUUCAUGAAGCGUUGCAAUAUUUUCUCCCACGAAAAUAUGGGGCUUCUGAUGAAUAUUCACGAAGCAGCUGUUAUUUCAAGAGAUGUUUAGAAUGGUAUUCUUUUUCGGAAUGUAGCUUGCUAAAAAAGCAACAACGAAGCAGAAUGA